AGCUAAAGUUGAACUUGAAAGUUGAUGUCGCGCCUUUUAUAAAACUAAUAGAUGAAAAUACAAAUUAUUACUUAUUUCGACAGAUACAGAAGAAGCAUGUUGUUAUUAUUUAUUUUACAAUUACAUUUCGUUACAUCUUUUGCUUACGACAGUGGUUAUGUGGUAUAUUGUCCAUGUAUGGGUAGAUUUGGAAAUCAAGCAGAUCAUUUUUUAGGUGUUUUAGCAUUUAGCAAAGGUGUAAAUCGUACCCUUGUAUUGCCACCAUGGGUUGAAUAUCGGUUUGGAGAAGCAAAAUCAAUUCAAGUGCCAUUCGACACUUAUUUUGAGGUAGAAUCUUUAAAUGUUUAUCACCAUGUUAUCACUAUGGAAGAUUUCAUGAAAGAUAUAGCUCCUGUUGUGUGGCCGCCGCAUAAAAGAAUAUCUUUUUGUUAUGUUGAGAGAAAUGGGGAAAAACUAAAUAGUUGUAAUGCAAAGUCUGGAAAUCCUUUUGGGCCGUUUUGGGAUACAUUCAAUAUAGACUUUAUAGGUUCUGAAUUCUAUGGUCCUUUAAAUUAUGAUGCUCAUAACAAAGAAAUGAUGAAUAAAUGGAAACAAAAGUAUUCAUUAAAGAAUUGGCCAGUCUUAGCAUUUACAGGUGCUCCAGCUAGUUUCCCUGUCCAAAAAGAAAAUGUUCAUUUACAUAAAUAUUUGAAAUGGAAUCGCGCCAUAGAAAACAAGUCGAGAUCUUUCAUCAAAAAGAAUAUGAGCGGUGGUGGUUUCAUAGGAAUUCAUUUAAGAAAUGGUCAAGAUUGGGUGAAAGCUUGCCAGCAUGUAAAAGAUAGUCCAAAAUUAUUUGCUGCUCCCCAGUGUGUUGGUUAUAAAAAUGAGAGGGGGUUAUUAACUCAAUCAAUGUGCCUUCCUGAAAAAUCUGAAAUUAUAAAGUAAGUCUGUUAUAUUAUAUAUUUGUGUUUUGUUUUUUUUAUACAAUAGGGCACAAACGUGCAUGCGGCACACCUGAUCGUAAGUGUCGAUCGCCGCCCAGGGAACACCAGGGGAAUUGCAGGUGCGUUGCUGGCCUUUUAAAAAGGAGUCAGCUCGUUUCUUGAAGGGGAAAAAUCGCCGGUGGUAAAUGAUUCCACAAAGUAGUCUUGCGAGGAAGAAAGCUAGUAAAUCGCACAGCAGUGGACCGCCAAGCAUCCAGAUGAUGUGGAUGGUACGAGGGGCACACUGAAAUGAUCGGGAAUAGAAUAUUUCGGAUUGAGUUACAAUAAAACUUUUUUUAGAAUUUGAAUACUGGUCUCUUAGAAUCUGAAUGACAUUCAAACAAUUAAAGAAAAUGUUUAAAAACAAUAACUAUGUUGGUUUAAAGUUGACACGUCGUUGAAAGAAAUAGAGCUCACGCGUGAACAUUUCCGUGCCAUAAUUUAUCACAAUUUUCGUCGCGGCUUAUCUUAAGAUAAAUGUCUCAGCGAACUUGUUUCGAUUUAUGAUGUUGAAGCACCGAGUCAAACGACAAUAUACCGCUGGUAUGCCGAGUUCCGACGCGGUGUGUCGCUCAGCACUGUUUCUUCUGCAGGUCGACCAAGAACAGCGGUCACGUCUGAAAACAUCGCAGCUGUGCGAACUAUUAUGUUAGAUGAUCGUCAUGUGACAUACGAGCAGAUUCGGGCUGUUAUCAGUAUCGGAAUGACUGCAAUUCAGUCGAUAUUACAUAAUGAGCUGUGUGUACGAAAGCUAGUUUCUCGCUGGGUUCCCCACAAUUUGCCCGGAGAGCAAAAGGCGGCUCGUGUAGAUUGGUGCCGGAAUACUCUGGAACGCUUCAACGGAGGGAAGUCAAAUGCCGUUUAUAAUAUCGUCUCAGGUGACGAAUCAUUGAUUUAUUCAUACAAACCUGAAAGAAAACAUCAGUCAGCAGUUUGGGUUUUCGAAGACGAGGUCAAACCAACGAAAGUGGUUCGCUCCCGCAGCGUGUCAAAGAAAAAGGGGCAUGUUGCUACAAUUCCUUUACAGGAACGCAGAACGGUUACCGCUGAGUGGUAUAUCACGGUUUGUUUGCCAGAAAUGAUAGCCGAACUCCGAAUAAAUAACCCGAAACGUCGCAUCAUCUUACAUCACGAUAAUGCGAGCAUCCAUACGGCUCGGAAGACAAAUGAUUUUUUGAAGCAGGAAAACGUUGAGCUGAUGAGCCAUCCUCCGUACAGUCCUGACCUGAGCCCAAACGAUUUCUUUAUAUUCCCUAGAAUGAAAGAUUUAUUACGCGGUCAACGGUUUGAAGACCCCGAAGCAGCUGUGGAAGCGUACAAAUCAACCAUUUUGUCAACAUCAACUUCAGACUGGAAUUACUGUUUUAAUGAUUGGUUUGCACGAAUGAAAAAGUGCAUUAAGUUGAACGGAGAAUACUUCGAAAAACAAUAAAAUACAAUUUAGCUAUACCGUGCAUGUGGUUUUUCUUAUUCCCGAUCAUUUCAGUGUGAACCUCUUAACUUAAGUUUUGUCGCGACGUGUGUUGGUGAAAUUUGGCGGAUGAAAUUAAUCCGGACAAUUCCUCAGAGCACUCCCCGUGGUAAAUACGGUAGAAAAUGCAACUGC